AUGGCCAACCCAACGACAUGGGCGCAACAGGUCCCCCAUCAUGUCACGGCGCUCCUCUCCCACCUCACCUCCCGCCCGGGGGUGCAAUCCACCCUGAUCUUGUCCCGCAAGGACGGCUCGAUUAUCCAAAGCACAGGGCUGCUCGCACCGCCAUCAGCCGAGGAAGCCAGAAGCUCUCGCGCUGCCCAAGCCUCCCCGUCCACUGUUUCUGACCCAAAUCCACUCGCCUCCGCGUCCUCUUCCGACUCGUCCCCUGCCUCCCCCACGCCCGCCACACCAACACCCUCAUAUCAGCCCUCCCAAGCCGAGGCACUCGCAGCUCACAUCUCGGCCUUUGUCUCGAGUGCCUCUGCCCUGGGUCUGUCCCUGUCGCGCCCGGCCGUCCAGUCCACUGGGGACGGCCAGGACCCCUCCGCUGGGUGGGACGCUGGCCAUGAGAGUUAUGGAAAUGGAACUAUCACGCCCCGCGAGGAGGAUAGAGAUGCUGACGUCGACUGCGACGAGGACGACGAGGUGAAGCUGCUCCGGAUGCGCACGCGGAAACACGAGAUUGUCAUCGUGCCCGAUCGGAAGUAUUUGCUUUGCGUUGUGCAUGAUGCUACGCCGUCUAGUGCUGGGCCGGGUGCAGCGGCCACACGCUCCUCGCGGUGA